CUCGGUCUGCAGAGGUUCUGGUCGGGGACUCGGUUCUCAAACGAGCGGUCACAACGUUGUCCCGGCUGCCAGUUGAUUAGGGACAGGUAGGGGACCUGUCCGGGCGGGUGACUGUUCGAAACCAAUCCGUUAGUUUUUGAAUUCUUACCACGGCAACACGGGUCGCGAUUUGACGGUGCCGUCGCGAUUUGAGGUUCCGGUGAGUGAUUGCAUGAUAUUUUGUUAAAAUAGUACAUACGGCGCCGCGAAUCGCGGCACAUGUUCGACGCGCACCUCGUGCUGUUUUCCGUAGCCCUAGGCUGCCACGAGGUCGCUGGGUUCGAAUCGAACAAAUAAAAUGGCACUAAAAAUAACGUAAUAAUUAAUCCACUUUUAAUUAUUGAGCAGUUGGUCUAUUGUAAAUCCGUGAAACCGUCUUGUAAAGCGUACAAAAGAACUGUGCAUUAACAUAAUUCAAUGACCAUCGCGUGGCGGCUGACACGCCGCCUCAUGUACUAGCGAGAGCGUUGACCCGGCGCACCCAUUGAAAUUUAACUACCAUAACAGAGAUGCAAUUUCAAACGUACUUAAGUCAAAACUCUUAAAUAAUAAGUGUAUCUUUUGCCAAGACUUAGCCUAAGUUUGUCUACUGUAGAAAUAAGCGAAAUUCGCGUUGCUUUAUUCACCUAGAUGGAUCUGUAAACACAACCAAAACCAUAAUAGGAUGGCUAGAACGAGGAGUAAUUGGUAAGAAAUAUAAGGAAGUUGAACAAGUCUCCAGACAGAGAAGAGAGGUCACAGAACCAUAAUCUCUCAAAAUUUCUUAAUAAAUGUGGGAGAUUUCAUCUGAAAUCAUCAUUCAUCAAUCGUUGAUAUUGGAAAAUGGACAAACUCACUGUUCACAAUUUUAUUACACAUGCAAUGUGAUUUUAUGACACACAUACAUACAUGAUUGUUAAUUUCUAGCUACAAUACACCUGCGUCGUUUGAUAAUACGGAAACCGAUCCGAGAUCUGUGUCACAAACAAAGCUGAGACUUAGGGGCAAUGAAUUUGUUGUUUGUGUUGUUGUGUCUUUCAACGAUAGCGGUACGAAAUGUCCGCGGCAAGAGCAAGGUGCGUUACUUCCCUGACUAUUUCGAGUUCGGCGCAUCAACGGCUUCUUAUCAGGUAGAAGGAGCGUGGGAUGAGGAUGGAAAGAGUUUGUCGAUAUGGGAUGUAGCAGCUCACAUGUCUCCUAUCAAGGACGGAAGUACCGGCGACGUAGCGGCUGACUCAUACCACUUGUACAAACGGGACGUGGAAAUCAUGAAGGAGCUUGGUCUGAACUUCUAUCGUUUCUCCGUAUCUUGGUCGAGGAUUCUGCCAAGCGGUUUCGCCAAUCAAAUCAACCAGGCCGGCAUAGAUUAUUACAAUAAUCUAAUCAACGAAAUGUUGGCGAACAACAUUAAACCAUUCUUGACGAUUUACCAUUGGGAUUUGCCCCAAAGCCUCCAAGAUUUGGGUGGCUGGGCCAACCCUAUGAUCGUAGAUUGGUUUGUAGACUACGCUAAGGUUUUGUUCGAGAAUUUUGGAGAUAGGGUGAAAUUUUGGAUCUCUAUAAAUGAGCCCAAACAAAUCUGCACCGAAGGUUAUGGCACAGAUAAAAAAGCUCCGAUGGUCAACAUGUCAGGAAUAGCAGAUUAUAUGUGUAACAAGAACGUCUUAUUGGCACACGCUAAGACGUAUAGACUUUAUGAUGAGAUAUACAGGAAGGAUCAGAACGGCAGCAUAGGAAUAUCGAUCAGUUGCACAUGGUAUGAGCCUGCUUCGGACUCAAAUGAUGAUCAACAGGCAGCUGAAGAUGCCAGAAUCUUUGAUUGGGGCCAGUACGUUCAUGCUAUAUUCACAAAAGAAGGAGACUUCCCAGAACAAAUAAAGAAGAACGUAGCAUACAAGAGUGCUGAACAGGGGUACGCCAAAUCUCGACUACCCGAACUAUCAGUUGCCGAAGUGGACCUUAUACGAGGAUCAUCAGACUUUUUCGGAUUGAACAGUUAUACUUCGAAACUGGUUUAUAGAGACGCAUCCGUGGAGGGCAUGUACGGCGUGCCUUCAUACUUGGAUGAUUUAGGAGUUGUUAUGGUGCCAGAUCCUAGUUGGCCCCAAUCGCAGUCAAGUUGGCUACAGGAAGUACCGUGGGGCUUCUAUAAAUUGUUCAAAGAGAUACGGAAUGUAUACGGCAACCCUACUCUGUACGUAACAGAGAACGGCUGGUCCACUGACGCUGGUCUGAUCGACGAUGACCGAGUGCGAUAUUAUAGGAACUAUUUGAAUGCGCUCUUGGACGCUAUUGAAGAGGGCAGCGAUAUCAGGGGGUACACGGCCUGGUCUAUGAUCGACAACUUUGAAUGGAUGCAGGGUUACGCCGACAAAUUCGGCCUCUACGAAGUUGACUUCACAAGCCCGGAACGUACGCGUACUCCAAGAAAAUCCGCAUACAUUUAUAAAGAAAUCGUGAGGACAAAAUCAUUGGAUCCGGACUACGAACCGGAAAUACUUCUAGAUGGUACACAGGAAAAUUAGAAAUUGUAUUUACGUAACGGCUGUAUUGUUUGGAAACCAUAAAAUUCUG